UUUAUGUGUUCUAUUCCAGAAAGGAAACACAGCACUGCACAUCUCCUCUCUAGCUGGGCAGAUUGAAGUAGUGAAGAUCCUGGUCAAACGAGAAGCUGACAUCAAUUCACAGUCUCAGAAUGGAUUCACUCCUCUGUACAUGGCCGCCCAGGAGAACCACAUGGAUGUGGUGCGAUACCUGCUGGAGAAUGGAGGCAACCAGAGCACCGCUACCGAGGAUGGCUUCACUCCCCUGGCCAUCGCCCUGCAGCAGGGCCACAACCAGGUGGUCUCUGUCCUGCUGGAGAAUGACACUAAAGGCAAGGUGCGCCUGCCUGCUCUGCACAUUGCGGCCCGAAAGGACGACACCAAGUCGGCCGCGUUGCUGCUCCAGAACGACCACAACGCCGACGUCCAGUCCAAGAUGAUGGUCAAUAGGACUACUGAGAAUGGAAAGAGUGGAUUCACCCCCCUGCAUAUCGCUGCCCACUAUGGCAACGUGAAUGUGGCCACACUGCUUCUGAACCGAGGGGCAGCCGUGGACUUCACGGCAAGGAAUGGGAUUAUUCCUCUACAUGUGGCGUCCAAGCGGGGCAACACUAACAUGGUGGGCCUGCUACUGGACCGCGGCUCUCAGAUUGAUUCUAAAACAAGGGAUGGUCUGACCCCCCUUCACUGUGCGGCCCGGAGUGGACAUGAGAUGGCUGUGGAGCUGCUGCUGGAGAAAGGAGCCCCCAUGCUGGCCCGGACCAAGAACGGGCUGUCUCCUCUUCACAUGGCGGCACAAGGCGACCAUGUGGAAUGUGUCAAACACCUUCUGCAGCACAAGGCUCCUGUUGAUGAUGUCACGUUGGACUACCUGACAGCGCUGCAUGUGGCCGCUCACUGUGGCCACUACAAAGUCACCAAGCUGCUGCUGGACAAGAGGGCCAACCCCAAUGCCAGGGCCCUGAACGGCUUCACUCCGCUGCACAUAGCCUGUAAGAAGAACCGAGUGAAGGUGAUGGAACUGCUGGUCAAAUAUGGAGCCUCUAUUCAGGCCAUUACAGAGUCUGGUUUGACUCCGAUCCACGUGGCAGCCUUCAUGGGUCACCUGAACAUCGUCCUGCUGCUGCUGCAGAACGGAGCCUCGCCCGACGUCAGCAACAUUCGAGGGGAAACAGCGUUACACAUGGCAGCCAGGGCGGGUCAGGUGGAGGUGGUCCGGUGUCUACUGAGGAACGGAGCUAUGGUGGAUGCCAGGGCACGGGAGGACCAGACUCCGCUCCACAUUGCCUCUCGUUUGGGGAAAACAGAGAUUGUUCAGCUGCUGCUGCAACACAUGGCUCAUCCUGAUGCUGCCACAACCAACGGCUACACCCCCCUCCACAUCUCCUCCAGGGAGGGGCAGGUGGAGACAGCCUCUGUGCUGCUGGAGGCUGGAGCUUCACACUCACUGGCCACCAAGAAAGGGUUCACUCCCCUGCACGUGGCCUCCAAGUACGGAAGCCUAGAUGUGGCCAAACUUCUGCUACAGCGCUGCGCUCCGCCCGAUUCUGCUGGGAAGAACGGCCUCACUCCGCUCCAUGUCGCAGCACAUUACGAUAACCAGAUGGUGGCGCUCCUGCUAUUGGACAAAGGAGCGUCCCCUCACACCAUGGCCAAGGUGAGAGUCCACACCUGCAGAUGUGAUCCUUUUGAGGAGCGGUCCCAUGACUCUCCGUCCUUCCUGCUCCUCUCUUCAGCUCUGUCCAAGGCCAAGCAGCCGGUCCACACCAUCCUGCUGAACCCCCACGUCCACCUGAUCGGGGACGAGGCGGCCUGCAUCGCCUACAUCCGCCUCACCCAGUACAUCGACGGCAACCGCAUGCCCCGCACCAUGCAGUCCGAGGAGACCCGCAUCUGGCACCGCCGCGACAGCAAGUGGCAAAACAUCCACUUCCACCGCUCCGGCUCACCCACCGUGCCCACCAAUUGAAAGGACCGUGUCUGACCACAGACAACCUUCAGCCUACGACCAUCAGCUGAACAGCCCCCCCCUGCCACGUCCAAACAGAUCCCUCAGCCAACACCCCCACCAUAGCUAGAGCUCCGCCCCCUCAGUGUGUUGUUUACAUAUGGUGACUGCUGGACUGAACAUAUUGCACAUGUUGAAAAAAAAAGUCUUGAUAAUGUUGUAGUGAGGUGGUGUUCAUUACAGGAUUUUUUCAGAUCAGUAGGUUUUAAAUAGAAGUGGUUUUCAGAAGAGCCCCCCCCCUAGUAACUUUAAAUUUGAAAUUUCCAGUCAUCGUAUGUUGACAGUUUUUCAUUUGAAUAUUGCACAUAUUGAGGACUCAUGUGAUGUUUUUGCCUUUUGGCACAAUGACCAAUAUCUCACAUACCUGCUUUUCACUUGUGUAUCUUUUCAGAAUCUAUUAAAGGUCAGGCACAUGCUUGCUUUAGUUUUGGUGAUUUAUACGUUUUGGUGAUGAUGUGAAUCGCUCUUUGCUUAAUCUUUAGCAGUGUGCAUAUGAACCUAGUUAGUACAUUUUACAAAUCAGUUUUCUGGUUUGCCACUGGCACCAAAUAUGUUUACUGGGAAUUUUAAGUACAUGUUUAAAAAGGAAAAUCAAUGAAAGUGUGUUUUACUUUGUCUGUUUGAACCUCCAUCAUCACAAGGCAGCAGUGAGAAGAGUCUCUUAUGAUAGAAUGUAUAAACUGCAUACAUAUCAUUCUUACAGGCCAUUCUAUGACUCUUUCCAGUCAAAUCAUAUUUUCAUACAGUAAGGAAAUAAUGAUGUGAAUUCAGCUAUUUUGUUGUGUUUACUUUUGAUAUUGUGAUAAAUGCCUGUCCCUUCACCUCUCAUUAUACAAGCUUUCCUUUAAGCCCUAUCAACCUGUAUUCUAGGUUCGACUGGUGCACGCCAAUGAUUUAAAGCACCGUGUUUUACACUGGACAAGAAUAAAGUAGAAAUGCUGUUCAAUGCUAUUUGUCAGCUGUCACUGAUAGGAAAGCCAGCUUCAACUUUGAGCUUUGGUUUGGAAGUUAAUCAGGCAUUCAUUUUCAUGAGGAGGGAAAUGUAUUGUAAGCCAGAAUGACUAAGGCGUAAAUCAGCAUUUUGGUUAUUUGUUAUUUUUAGUGUCACUGUCAAAUCCAAUGGACACAGGGAUUGUAGGCAACACUUCACGAUUCAUCAACACGAUUCAUAUAUUAAGGUUCAUCAUUGAAAAUACUUCUCAUUAGUAAGGUGGCAAAUACAAAAAAGAACUUCAGAAUAAAAGCAUGGGUAAAAGUCACAUGAUGUUUGUGUUGAGGAUAUUAAGAUGUUUUCCUGUUUGCAUUCCUUAGUUUCAUCACAUCUCACACAACACACUUUGUAUCUUUCUAAAGUGCAUUUACAUUCCUGGCACUGGUUAUAUAAUGUUACCAUGAUGGGACAAGCCUGGUGUAUGUUUUAGAGAUAUCAAAUAAAAUGUGUGAUUUAUGCCAAA